AGCGCAGUCAGGUGGCUGUCCCGGCACGGUUCCCAGCUAAUUCCCCGCUACCGGGUUGAGGCCGGAAGCCGGGCGCCGCGGCUCUGCUUCCCUCGGGGAUCUGGCGACAUGGCCAGAAAGGCUUUCAAGCUUGCUUCGUGGACCAGCAUGGCUCUUGCUGCCUCUGGCAUCUACCUCUACAGUAACAAGUACUUGGACCCUAAUGACUUUGGCGCUGUCAGGGUGGGCAGAGCAGUUGCUACGACGGCUGUCAUCAGUUAUGACUACCUCACUUCCCUGAAGAGUGUCCCUUAUGGCUCAGAGGAGUACUUGCAGCUGAGAUCUAAGGUGCACCUUCGCUCUGCCAGGCGUCUCUGUGAGCUCUGCUGUGCCAACCGGGGCACCUUCAUCAAGGUGGGCCAGCACCUGGGGGCUCUGGACUACCUGUUGCCAGAGGAGUACACCAGCACGCUGAAGGUACUGCACAGCCAGGCUCCACAGAGCAGCAUGCAAGAGAUCCGCCAGGUCAUCCGAGAAGAUCUGGGCAAGGAGAUCCAUGAUUUGUUCCAGAGCUUCGAUGACACCCCUCUGGGGACUGCCUCCCUGGCCCAGGUCCACAAGGCAGUGCUGCAUGAUGGGCGGACGGUGGCUGUGAAGGUCCAGCACCCAAAGGUGCGGGCUCAGAGCUCGAAGGAUAUUCUCCUGAUGGAGGUGCUCGUUCUGGCUGUGAAGCAGCUAUUCCCAGAGUUUGAGUUUAUGUGGCUUGUGGAUGAAGCCAAGAAGAACCUGCCUUUGGAGCUGGAUUUCCUCAAUGAAGGGAGGAAUGCUGAGAAGGUGUCCCAGAUGCUCAAGCAUUUUGACUUCUUGAAGGUCCCCCGAAUCCACUGGGACCUGUCCACAGAGCGGGUCCUCCUGAUGGAGUUUGUGGACGGCGGGCAGGUCAAUGACAGAGACUACAUGGAGAGGAACAAGAUCGACGUCAAUGAGGUGAGGUCAAGAGCUCAGGGCUGCCGUGCCGGGGAACGGGCUUGGUCAAGGCUGCCCAGGAAGUGCCUGUGUGUCCAGAUAUCACGCCACCUGGGCAAGAUGUAUAGUGAGAUGAUCUUCGUCAAUGGCUUCGUGCACUGCGAUCCCCACCCCGGCAAUGUACUGGUGCGGAAGCACCCCAGCACGGGAAAGGCGGAGAUUGUCCUGUUGGACCAUGGGCUUUACCAGGUGCUCACAGAAGAAUUCCGCCUGAAUUACUGCCACCUCUGGCAGUCUCUGAUCUGGACUGACAUGAAGAGAGUGAAGGAGUACAGCCAGCGCCUGGGAGCCGGGGAUCUCUACCCCUUGUUUGCCUGCAUGCUGACGGCGCGGUCAUGGGACUCGGUCAACAGAGGCAUCAGCCAAGCUCCCGUCACUGCCACUGAGGACUUAGAGAUUCGCAACAACGCAGCCAACUACCUCCCCCAGAUCAGCCAUCUCCUCAACCACGUGCCGCGCCAGAUGCUGCUCAUCUUGAAGACCAACGACCUGCUGCGUGGCAUUGAGGCUGCCCUGGGCACCCGUGCCAGCGCCAGCUCCUUUCUCAACAUGUCACGUUGCUGCAUCAGAGCGCUAGCUGAGCACAAGAAGAAGAAUACCUGUUCAUUCUUUAGAAGGACCCAGAUCUCUUUCAGCGAGGCCUUCAACUUAUGGCAGAUCAACCUCCAUGAGCUCAUCCUGCGUGUGAAGGGGUUGAAGCUGGCCAACCGGGUCUUGGCCCUAAUAUGCUGGCUGUUCCCUGCUCCACUCUGAGUGGAAUUGCUCUCCCUGCCCCAUUCUGGUGUCUUUCCACUCCUCAGCCCCUCGUCUUGCCUCCACCCAGCUGCUCCAUUUUUGCCACAUCGUGGCCCGCAGCCCCAGAGUCACUGUCCAUGUCACCAUCCUCCUCCUCCUUUGGAAUCCUCUCCGCACACUGUGGCCCUUGUCUCAGGGCCACAAGCUGAACUGUGGCAUAGCUCUCUCUUCUUCUCCAAGAAGACUCAGCAGCCUACAUUCCCAUUCCUGGUAUGUGCCAUUGGGUUGGAUGUCCCCGCUACUUCCAUUAACCCUUCCCAUUGUCAAGAUGUGCCACGGGUGCCACUGGGGGCACACUGAACUUGUAGGGAGUGUGAUUUUGUUGGAGGUGAACAUGGUCUCUGAACUUGACAGAGAACACCUUCCCUUUCCUUGCCAUGUCACCCUCCAGAGGAAGUCACACCUCAGCGAGGUGGUUUGGCAUCCGGGGCCAACUCCAUUACAGCUAUGAGCUCACUGCUGUCAGUGACCUUUGGUGUUCUCUGUACUGUGUUUCAAUAAAAACUCCUUCAAGGUUG